AUGGCAAAGAGCGGCUUGUCGGACCAGCAGGAAUCAUGGUUUCUGAGCGUGCUGGACCUGAAGUUUCAACAACAGGAGGCGGUCAUCCGGAAGCUGUUGGUGUCCGUGUCUCGGCCUCAUACCGGCCAGCCAUUUCGCGAAAGAAGAACGGACUUGUCCCUCCUGGAACCUCUGGAGAUGGACAUGGUUCAGGAGGCACCAAAAUUCUCGCCAGAAAUUGCGAUUCUUGAGAGCACGGACGACACGGCCGGGCACCCUACCGUCCCCAGCCCUGUUUCGAGCCCCUCGAGCCCUGCUGGCGGCAAGCGGUCAAGGACCUUGGCUCGGGUCAUGAACGAAAACUUGCAGGGAAGCGACCCUCCCUUCAAGGCAUUCAUCAAAGGCUCUCUGGAUGCGUACAUGGGCAUCGUCGUGGUCGUCAACUUGGGAUUCAUGAUCGCCAUCGCGCAGAUGGCAGGGGACAAGGCGAACUACGCACUUGGGCUCUCUACUGUGCUCCCUGUCAUCCCGGAAAACGUCUUCGAGGUUGCAGAAAACUUCUUCUUCGCCAUUUAUAUCCUCGAUGUCCUGGUUCGGGUUCUGGUGCUGCGGAGUGAAUGGUACUACGAUCCCAUUGAGGGCGUGAUGCUCAUGAACCUCCUUGAUGCCUUGCUGGUGCUGGUGCACGCUUUUGAGCUGAUCCUAUUCCCGGUGUUGGUAGCCGGUGGUGACAGCGAAAGUGCUGGCAGCAUCCGAGUGCUCAAGUUGGUGCGCAUCGUGCGGACAUUGCGAAUAGUCAAAACUGUCAACAUGUUCAGGCAGCUCCGUCUAUUGGUGGGCACCUGCGUGGCAAGCAUGGGGGCCCUCUUCUGGUCCAUGGUUCUCCUGUGCCUCCUGAAGCUUGGCUUUGCGCUGGUCAUUUGCCAAGCUCUGCAAGGUUACAUCAUGGAUGAGGCCCAGGACCUCUCCACGCGCCUCCAGAUGAACAAUCUUUACGGUAGCUUCCUCAAAGCCUUUUACACCAUCUUCGAGAUUACCCACAGUGGCUCCUGGCCUUCAAAGGUUCGACCGGUCAUCGAGAAAGUAAGCCCCUGGUACGCCGUACUUUUUCUUACCUACAUUGCUUUGGUGGUUUUUGCGGUGAUCCGGAUAGUGACGGCCCUUUUCCUGCAAGAGACGCUUUCGAAUGCCGCGAAUGAUGCGGAUAUGCUGCUGGAGAAUAGCCGGCGGCUGGCCAAAGACUACCAAGACAAGCUUGAAGAGCUCUUCCAAGCUGCGGACAACGACGGUGAUGGGAGCUUGACCCCGGAUGAGUUUGUGGAUGCGCUCAGCAUUCCUGGGGUUCAACGCUACUUGACCAUGCUGGAUGUGCGUGUCCAAGACUGCCGUCCCCUCUUCGACAUCCUGGAUGAUGGCGAUGGGCAAAUCACCAUUGCAGAAUUCUGCAAAGGGCUGAUGCAGCUCAAGGGCCAGGCACGUGCCUUGGAUAUUGUCAUGCUCACGCGGGAGAAUGCGAAAAUCGUGCGGGAGUGCCAAGAAAUUCGCAAAGCCCUGGCACCUUUCCCGGACUUGCAGUAG